AUGGAUGCCAGAAAACCUUCCACAAGUCGUCGCCCAAUCGGAUUAAAGGCAGGCGCGAUGGCGAACGGCAAAGGAUAUGCAUACGUGGCUUUUGGAGAGACAAAAAUCCUCGUUCACGCCGACGGCCCACACGAAUGCUCAUCGACGGCGGCGGCUGAAAAGGCCAAGCUGGAGCUGACGGUGCGCGGAGCAAAAGGAUUGACGCUGAUGCUGACGGAGGUGAUGGGUGCCACGAUUCUGCUUCACAAAUACCCCAGCUGUACGAUACGCAUCAACGUGCUCGUUUUAAGAGACGAUGGAGGACUGGAGCAUGCUGCCGUGGUCGCCAGUUCGUUAGCGUUGAUGAGUGCCGGAAUAGAACUGUUUGACAUGUGUACGGCUGCAACGAUUAUGGUCGCGGAAGACGGCCAAGUGUUUUUCGACCCGCCUACGGACUUCGAAAAUCAGCACAAAAAUUCUCGACGAAUUUUUGUCGCAGUACUGCCCGGCCUAAAUCAAAUACUUCACUGUAAGGCCAGUGGGAAAAUGACAGCUGCCGAAACAGAGAAGUACGCUGCUGAAGCUAGUGCACAGGCGAAUCGUCUUCUACCCUUCAUGAAAAAAUGCUUGGAAGUCUACGCGAAGGGGAGGAUUGCAAAUGAAAAACAA